AUGUCAAGAGCAGAAACAUCUGUGUUUUGGCCCGGCAUAUGCAACGACAUCACCAAGCUUAGAAACUCAUGCAACCAUUGCAACAGAAAUGCCCCAUCCCAACCCAGCGCCCCGCCAACUCCAUCUGUCUACCCCUUAUAUCCAUUUCAGUGUGUUUGUGCCGACUUUUUCCACUACAAAGGCGGCAAUUACCUGGUGAUUGUAGACAGAUACUCAAAUUGGCCAAUUGUUGAAAGGGCACAAGAUGGCGCAUCUGGCCUUGUUGAUUGCUUACGCCGCACAUUCGUCACAUUUGGAAUACCAGAUGAACUGUCUUCUGAUGGCGGCCCGGAAUUUACAGCUUCAACAACCAGAGAUUUCCUAAAAACAUGGGGUGUGCACCACAGGCUUUCUUCUGUAGCCUUUCCUCAUAGCAAUUGUAGAGCAGAAGUUGGCGUGAAGACUGUGAAGCGCAUGAUCACAAACAACACUGGUCCAAAUGGUGAAUUGGACACAGACUCCUUCCAGCGUGCAGUGCUGCAAUACCGUAACACUCCAGACAGGGAUACGAAAUUAUCGCCAGCAAUGUGUGUUUUUGGGCGGGCCAUUCGAGACUUCAUCCCAAUCUUACCAGGCCGCUAUAAGCCACACGAGACAUGGAGUGAUACGCUUACCCUGAGAGAAGAGGCUUUACGUAUCAGACACAUGAAGACCGCCGAACGCUUAGCUGAACAUACGAAGCGUCUGCUGCCACUAAAAGUUGGAGACCUCGUCAGGAUUCAAAACCAAACUGGACCAUAUCCGAGAAAAUGGGAUAAAACCGGAACUGUUAUAGAGGUUCACCAAUAUGACCAAUACGUCGUACGUAUCGACGGGUCGGGCAGAAUCACGCUUCGCAAUCGAAAGUUUCUACGCAAGUAUACACCUGUGUAUUCUCCCCCUGAAAAGCAAUCCAUAGAGCAGGACUUGAAACAUUACUUCAAAAGGGACAUUCCAAACUUUACACCACCGACGAGCGGAACUCCAGUGGUCCCGGCAAAUCCUUUGAAGCCCAGUCUGGACAUCAAUCCACAAGGGAUCAGUAAGCGUGCACCAGCUUCACAAGAUCUGAGUAACAGUCCACCUCCUGUGCAGGAUAGGACGUCUCAUACAGUCCAAUCUAAACCGCAAACACCCUUGGCAUUGGACGGAUCCCCACAAAUGGUUAAUUCGUCUCCCUCUCCAGCAUCGCCCAGGCUACCGCCGUCACCACAUCCUCCAACUACCUCACCUGCAACACCAGUCACACCCAGGAGGAUCGUGACAAACAGACCAGAGCAACUAUCCGUUGACCUUACCCCAAGACGUCCUAAUCGACAACGACAAGAGCCAAAAUGGCUUAGUGAUUAUGAGCAUUAA